CUCCCGGGACCAGUCGUGAUACCGCAAGCAUCUCCAGGCCCAGGCCAGCCCUUCACGCGCGCAUAUGCUCCCAUCCUAGCCGAGCACGGAGUCCCAAUGCAAGCUUUUGUGGAGCUGAUUGACAACUUCAACAUUGUGUCCAAUAGCAGCCCACCGCUUCAGAUCCUCGAUCUGGCUAGCGGUGCUAUCAGCUUCGUACCAAUCCCACAUGCAAGGCUUGUAGGCUACGGCGUGUCCGCUGCCAUCAAAGUUGGCGAAGGGGUAGUGUCGAAGAGUAGAGGUGGCAUGUUCAUCAAGAAAGUAAAUCUGGAAUUCUUCAAUCCGCGAGGCCUCAGGAUUGAGCUUGCCACCAGCAAAGCGCUGAAGGCGAAGCUCGGCAUGGACCCCGAGGUGCCACUCGCUGCCCCAAUAGCCGCGUCCAACGAUAUGAGUAGCGUUCAGCGGAGGAUGGCUAGCCUACAGGGCCGCGUCGCACCUUUGACGUUCGAUGUACCGCUACCAAGUAAGCCCACCAAGUUCCUCGACAGGCUCUGCCUGAUGCAGCAGAGGAAGAACGCGGAAAGACAGGAAAGGAAAGCGCAGGAGAGUCGGCUGGACUAUGCAAGCAAGAGCGCCGAGAUUGAAAAAAAGCUGCUCGAAGAACGGUCGAAACACGGCGAAGAGCUGCAGAAACUCAACGUCGAGCGUCAGAAGCUGGAACAUGAGCGAGACAAGGAAAUGCAGAAGGCGCAGCGGGAACGCAAGCCGGAGAAACGGGCAGAGAGGGAGACGGAGGCCAUGGCGGACUUCCGAAAGGAAAUGAGGAAGUUGGACGAGGAGUACGAUAAAAUCCGCGGUAAGCAUGAUGAGGAGGUACGUCAUCAUGAAGGUGACAGGAGGAAGGAGGAUAAGGAAGGUCGGCAAGGGGAUAAGAUUCAGUGGAUGCUGAUUGAG